UAACAUUUUUCUGGUUUGAAAAUAUUAAAACUGCGAGAAAAUAAUAUUGCAAAGAGUUUAUCUUCGGAUUCUCAAGGAUUAAUGUUCAGAAAUCAGAAAAACCUUGAAUUCCUAGAUUUAUCUUAUAAUGAUAUUGAAUAUCUACCGGGGAAAAUAUUUAAAAAUGCAAUAAACAUUAAGCAAUUAUUGUUGCAAGGUAAUAGACUAUAUAAGUGGGGAGUGAAAAUAAAUCAUAUGAGAUAUUUAAUAUUUCUAGAUAUCUCAGGUAAUCGUUUAGAGACGUUUACUCCUGUUGACAUAGAACACCUUAAUCAGCAUUUUCAAUCCGAAAAUCUAACUGUGGACUUAAGCAAUAAUCGCCUUUCUUGCACCUGCGAAAACAUAAAUUUUCUACUUUGGAUUGUAAGAUUUUAUUCUCAUUUUCAAGACUUCAACGAAUAUUUUUGCUUGGAUGAGUCUAUCCAUGUAGAAAAUCUUCAGAAAUCAUUGUUUAUCUUAAAUAAAAAGUGUAAAUCCUAUCUGAUUUGGUACGUAAUCAGUUGUAUUGGAUGUACUUUAAUGGUCACCAUUACCGCAUGUUACUUGAUUUACAAAAAUCGCUGGAAAAUACGUUACAUACGAUAUGUGGCAGGAAAGAAAGUAAGGGGGUAUCAUCGUCUUCAAUCGAGUUCUAGCAUUGGGGAUUUCGAAUAUGACGCAUACAUAUCAUACUCCGCAAAAGAUGUAUCGUUUGUAAAAGAAGAUAUGAUACCCAACCUUGAAGAUAAGAGUAGUGGUCAAAUAAAACUAGCAGUAAUGCAUAGAGAUAUGGAGCCAAGCGGAGAUCAUGCAAAUAAUAUCAUGGACUACAUCAGUCGAAGUAAAAGAACCAUUUGUGUAGUCACUAGAAAAUUUCUGGAAUCGGACUGGCAGGAUUACGAAUUAAAUAUGGCCAGAAUGGAAGGAGUUCAGACUAGAAAAACACUGAACUUUGUUCACUUGAUUCUUAUGCCAGAUGUAUGCAAGUCAAAAUAUCCCCAGAAAGCCAGUGAUUUUAUAAAGAAAGGUUAUUAUCUGGAAUAUCCCGAGGAGGCUUUUGGACAACAAGUGUUCUGGGAAACUCUAAGACAGGAGAUAUUGAAAGAAAUUGACAUUUCAAAUUAA